AUGAAAAUAUUUCAUCUAUUGCUAAUAAGCUUCUUAGUUUUUGUUGCUAUCUCAUAAGAAACAACACCCACUUGCACUGAUGACUAAGUCUUAGUCAAAGGAAAGUGCAAGGACGUUCAAAAUUGCAAGACAUAAUUGGGAUUCUUUAAAUAAACAUAAGCUAAUGGAAAGAAACAAAUAGCAAAAAGACCUACAUUUGCUUUAGAGUUAAAGGAUGGAAAUCUUUAAUUCUCAUUGACAUUUGCUAAUGGAAAAGAUCUCUAGACUUCUGUAGAAACUGGAUCAACUACAACAUGUAUUCAGAUCAAUUUGAGAAGAUUUGGUGCUGCAUUUACAAAUGAAGUAGCUGAUGCUUCUGUAAUUACCUCAACCUCAACAGACACUUCUAGAACUUGGAGCUUCACCGUCAAUAAAGAGUAUUUAAAUUUUAUAUAAAUAGUUAAUUCGACUCAAUAUUUUUGAAGGAUGAAUCUAAUGAUGAGAUAAAAUACACUGGAUUCUAUGCCAUCUCUGUUACCUUAUUAUUGCCAAAUGAUAAUGGUAUAAAACCCUUGGCUUUCUUUGCUUUUAAAUUUUCUGCUAUUUUUAGUAAAGAUUUAGCAACCCUCAAAUCAAGCGAGAUCAAACCCAAAGUACAAGCUGAGUAAGUUUGUGCUGAUGCUGCUGGAGAAUAAUGUGUCAAUACUGCUCAAUCCACUUUGACCUUGUGUUCUGAUGAUGCUUGUGAAACACCUCUCAAUACAAAUGAAUUAGUAAAAGGAGAAACUAUUUAUCUUAAAUAAUCAAUCACUUAAGAAGGAUUUAAAGGAGGAAAAUGGAAACCAAUGGAUGCUGAAAUAACAGUAGUUGCUAAUGGAGUAACAAAGUCAGUUAAACCUAAAAAAUUGGAUAAAGGAUAGAAUGGUGAAUAAAUGUAUCAACUUAAAUUAAACUUCUUGGGUAAUAAAGUCACCAUUGGUUGUGAAGCCUAAAUGGGAGAAACAACAGCUGCUAGAAUUUUGUAAGAAGCAGCAGAUGAUCCUUCAGUUGUAGGAUCUACCUCUGUUUCAUGUAUUAAAGAGACUUCUUCUAGUACAUGUCCAACAGAAGAAUAAGUACUUACUUACAAUUCAGAGAAUUGUUCAGGAGUCUCAUGUGAUGAUGAUGAAAGUUCAAAUGCAAUGAUAUUCAAAGUUGUAAUUACAAUGUUAGGAUUAUUGAUAUUAUGA